AUGAAGCCUCAGACUGCUGCUUUCCUUCUCAGCCUUCUCGGUUCUGCCCUGGCUGCCCCCAUUCAGCACGCCGACAAAGGUUCCGAUGUGCAGCCCACUCCUACCGGACAGGGCGCUCCCGGCGGAUUCCUCACUGGCUUUCCCUCCGGUAUCCCCUCUGGCAUGCCAUCCGGUUUCCCCGGUGGUCCCAUGAUGUCUGGAGGAUUCGGUGGUGAAGGCCAGAAUGGGGGCUCGUUCCCCACCGGUGCCAUGCCAUCCGGUGCUGUUCCCACUGGCGCCGCUCCGUCCGGCUUCCCUUCGUUCGGCAAUGGCCCCGCUUCCUCUGGCUCUCCCCAGGGUGAGGGCGAAAGCAACUCCGGCGGCCAAGGUGUUCAGGCCCGCUCUCCCCAAGAUUUUGAGGGGUCUGGCGCUGCUCCUUCGGGUGCUAUUCCCUCUGGUGCCAUGCCCACUGGCGCUGCUCCCUCUGGCUCUGCCGGUGACUUUGGCGGUUUCGGCCAAGGAGGCCAAGGCGAGGAAGGCUCUGGUCCCUCCCCUACCGGCGCUGCUCCUUCUGGCGCCAUUCCCUCCGGAGCCGCUCCUUCCGGCGCUGUCGGAGGCUUUGGCGGCUUCGGACAGGAAUCUCAGAACUCCGGGAACGCCCAGUUCCAGUCCUCUGGCACCUCGCCUUCUGGCGCUUCCCAUUCCGGAUCGGCAAACGGUCGUCAAGGUGGCCGUCACCGGGGUCAUCACGGCAAGAGCUCUGGCGCGUCUCCAUCCGGUGCCGUUCCUUCCGGCGCUGCUCCUUCUGGUGCCGCUCCCUCUGGCGCUGCGGGAGGUUUCGGUGGCUUUGGACAGGGUGGCGAGGGCUCCGGUCCGUCUCCUACUGGCGCUGUCCCUUCGGGUGCUGUCCCCUCUGGCGCUGCCGGAUUCGGUGGUCAAGGUCAGGAGCAGGGUCAGGGCCCGUCUCCCACCGGAGCCGCUCCAUCUGGUGUUCCCGCUGCCCAGCCUACUGCUUGA